AUGCCAUUCUACGCGCUGGCGUACAUGCUCUCUCGGAAAUGCCGUAUCGCCCUGAGUCGUGGCUUGCUCAUUGCCAGCGAGGGCGUCGCGAACGUGCGUCGUGUCGCCCUCCUCGCUCUAUGGAUGCUCACCUGCUCCAAGGAGCUGCGUAUGCGCCUGCGUGAGUCAUCCCAGGGCGACUCCGUUUCCGAUGAGCCCAUCCCCUUCGUGGAGCGGGUCGCGAUUGGCGGCGAAGUCGUCGCCCACCUCGGCGAGUUGUUCGAUGUCCUUGCCUUCUUCACCGGCUCUGGUCUCUUUUGGCGUGCUUUUGGCUUAUCUGUCACGUCUGAGCUCCCACCGUGGCUGCAGCGACGCCGCCGCGGGCUCGAGCGUGUCGGCGUCUUUGUGUCGCUGGGCGCGCUGGCACUGCAGCAGUAUGCACUGCACUUGCGCCGCGCCUCGAUCCAGCGCCACAUCCACGGCAGCAUCCACCGCUUACAACAAGAGUUGGUGCCCAUCGCGGGCGGGGCAGUCACCGAGCCGUCGAGCCGCGACGAGACGCCUGAGCGGUACCGCCGCAUGCAAGAACAGUACGCCCUGCUGGUCGCCGAGCGGCGCCGUAUGUGCUGGCUCAUCAUUGAACGCAUCUGUCUGUACAGCGAUGCCCUAUUCACCACGGUCGAGGCGCUGGCGCCCGACGAGGACAAGGUCAUGCUCGAGGCCAGCACGGGCCUUGUCGCGGCAGUGCUGCGCCUGUUGCGCCUGUGGAACGAAGUGCGAUUCGGGUCUCUCGACCUCUAG